AUGUCGGAUGCACUUGACGAUUGGGAGCAGGCCGAUGAACUCGAGAUCCGGGCACCUGUGGUGGCACCAGCGCCGGUGAAGAAGAUUACACUACUCUCUCGCCCUUCUACAGGGUCAUUAAGCCCAACAGGACCCUCAGCUCAUGCAACAUCAGGAGUAUCACCAGGAGGAGGAGGCAUUGGCCAACUAGGAGGAGGUGGUGGGGUGCCAAUGAUCUUGAAACGUAAUCCUGGAAGCAAUAGCAGUGGAGGGAGUGCAAGUCAGCAUGGACCUUCGCCAACUGGUCAAGGAUCUCCUACACCGCCCUUUGGUCGGGAGAGCAGCGCCUUUGGGGAUAACACCUACAGUAACAGUAACAGUAACAGUGGGCGGCGGUCCGGUGCGGGAUAUCAGGAAGAGGAUCCGGAUCUGUUGGGCGGGGACAAGUUGCGGCGGCAGAUGGAUGGCAUGUCGUUGCGGGAACGUAAUCGUACUCUUUGGGAUCAAGCGAAUGCAUAUGAGCAGCCGGUCAUUGCAAGGGCCGACACGACACGGACAGAAUACGUCCCAGAGAUCCGGAUUCUGAGAAGACCAAAGAGUCCAGUACAAUCAGUCCGUGUCAGCAACCAAGUCAAAUCCAAACCGCUAGCACAGCGUGAAGCAGACUAUAACGCCGCCCGUGAAAAGAUUUUUGGACCUUCACCUACACCCACUUCUCCAUCGUCCUCAAGCCCCAACAACAACAACAAUGAUACUACAACUUUAACGACUGGAUCGCGUGGUUCGGGAAGUAGUCCGCGGCGGAAUUCUCCUUCAAUUGGGGGAGGAUCAUCGCCAAACUCGAAACCAUCAUCGCGCCCUUCUUCAAGGUCGGCGUCGCCUUCACAACCGCAUCAGCCGGUACAGAUCUAUUCAGGAAGCAGUAGUGGGGCGUUUGAGACUGCGCUAGAGAAUGUGAAGCCGAUCGAGUUCAGGGGUGGGCCUCCACCGUCCAGACGCGGAGGCGGUAACAGUGGAGGUAGAGGUGCAGUGCAGGAGAAUGUCAACACGGCGAUCCGGCAACCAAUGGGUCCCACAUCGGCAUCCAGCGGGCAGAGUGUUGGGAGUAAACCUCGAGGACGAGGAAGGGGACGAGGUGGUAGUGGUGGCAGUGGAAGUGGGACGAGAUCCCCUGCAGGAGGCUCAGAAGUAGGGUCAGUAGGAGAUACGGGUUCGUCAAGACAGGAAGCAGGGUCGAUUGGGUUCCGGAGACCUAUGGGACGAGGCGGAAGUGGAAGUACUCAGCCUCGUCCACCGCCUGCUUGA